ACAAACUCACACACAUAGAGCCCCAGCCCUGCCCCUGAGUGCACAAGUACAGCUUACUUCCAUGCUUCUGGCUGCCACCCGCAGGCUGCAGCGCGAACCCCCGGCGCGCUCUCCCAGCCUGGGAUCGAGGUGCUUCGGCUUUAAGAGUCGAGUCUGCGCAGAUAGCCAUUCCGAGUCCAGUGGCUGCUCUGCAGCGAAAAUAAAACUGGUAAAACGGACAGGGAUAAGCAGCAUCUUUUACUAGGAAAUAUAAUUCAGAUCUUAAAAAGGAGACACAAAACACACGUACACAAACCGCUCAAGACGGAGGAACAAUCGCGUAGGAACAGCUAUGUCUGGGCUUGGACUAAAGAGAAGGAAAACUGGCCUGCCUGGUUACUGUUGGAAAACCUAUUAUUUUCACAUUUUAUUCUGGGUUGUCUCAGUUUGUGGAGAAGAGAAGACCUUCAUUGUAGAGAACUGGUUAAAAAAUUAUGGCUAUUUACUUCCUCUCGAUGUUCGAUCUUCUGCUCUGAGAUCAGAAAAGGCUAUGCAAUCAGCAGUGGCUGCCAUGCAGCGAUUUUAUGGAAUUCCCGUAACAGGAGUGUUGGAUCAGACCACGCUAGACUGGAUGAAAAAGCCUCGAUGUGGUGUUCCAGAUCAUCCACAUGUGAGUCGCAGGCGAAGAAAUAAGCGUUAUGCACUCACAGGACAAAAAUGGCGCCAGAAGCACAUUACAUACAGCAUACACAACUACACGCCAAAGGUUGGGGAGCUUGAUACAAGGAAAGCAAUUCGACAGGCAUUUGAUGUCUGGCAGAAAGUCACUCCACUUACCUUUGAAGAGAUUCCCUACCAUGAGAUCAAGAGUGAGAGGAAAGAGGCAGACAUUAUGAUUUUUUUUGCUUCUGGUUUCCAUGGGGAUAGUUCUCCAUUUGAUGGUGAAGGGGGCUUUUUGGCCCAUGCAUACUUUCCUGGACCUGGAAUUGGAGGGGACACACAUUUUGACUCAGAUGAACCAUGGACAUUAGGAAAUGCAAACCAUGAUGGUAACGAUUUAUUUCUGGUGGCAGUGCAUGAACUUGGACAUGCUCUUGGUUUGGAACAUUCCAAUGACCCCAGUGCCAUUAUGGCUCCAUUCUACCAGUACAUGGAAACACAUGGCUUCAAGCUUCCUCAAGAUGAUCUGCAGGGAAUCCAGAAGAUCUAUGGUCCUCCUGCUGAGACAUUGGAACCUACAAGGCCUCUUCCAACCUUACCUGCUCGCAGGACUCCCUCAACAUCUGAAAGAAAGCAUGAAAGACAGUCUAGGCCUCCGCGGCCCCCCUCAGGAGAUAAACCAUCCUCUCCAAGCACCAAACCAAACAUCUGUGAUGGAAAUUUCAACACUGUGGCACUUUUUAGGGGAGAGAUGUUUGUAUUUAAGGACCGUUGGUUCUGGCGUCUGCGCAAUAAUAAAGUUCAAGAAGGAUACCCAAUGCAGAUCGAACAGUUUUGGAAAGGGCUGCCUUCCAAGAUUGAUGCUGCCUAUGAGAGAUCUGAUGGGAAAUUUGUCUUUUUUAAAGGUGACAAAUACUGGGUUUUUAAAGAGGUGACAGCAGAACCCGGGUACCCUCACAGCCUGGUGGAGCUAGGAAGUUGUCUUCCCAGAGAAGGUAUCGAUACAGCAUUGCGAUGGGAACCAGUUGGAAAAACGUACUUCUUCAAAGGUGACAGAUACUGGCGGUACAAUGAGGAAAAAAGAGCAGCAGAUCCAGGGUACCCAAAACCCAUAACUGUGUGGAAGGGAAUCCCAGAGGCACCCCAAGGAGCAUUUGUCAGCAAAGAAGGAUUUUAUACGUACUUCUACAAGGGGAAGAAUUACUGGAAAUUUGAUAACCAGAAGCUUACUGUGGAGUCUGGUUACCCAAGAUCAAUCCUCAAGGACUGGAUGGGAUGCAAUCAGAAAGAUGUGGAUAACAGUAGAGACAGGCACUUGCCACAUGAGGAUGUGGGCAUCAUGGUCACCAUAAAUGAUAUACCCAGCACUGUAAAUGCAAUUGCUGUGGUCAUUCCUUGCAUACUUUCUUUAUGUAUCCUUGUGCUAGUAUACACAAUCUUUCAGUUCAAAAACAAAGGUGUACAACAAAAUGUUACCUACUACAAACGACCUGUGCAGGAAUGGGUAUGACAGGAUUAUGACAUGGAUAAUUCCACAAUUUCGUAAGAGGGCUAUGUGUGAACAGGGCAGAAAGGCCCCCCUCAAGUAAAGUCUAAAACAGGUCCCAGUGCAUAUGAAAUGUGGGCAAUUCAUGGCAUUUCUGGUACUAAGCACAAGCAGAAACGUCAACAGAGGGCACUUCAGUCUGAGCCCCCACCACCACCACAACAUUCUGCUUAGUGCUUUUUCACUCUUUUUUUCCCUGUGGUGAACCAUUCCAUGUACUUCAGGAACUCUGUCUCAUCUUCACCAGACUGAAAGGCAUCACUUAUUCAGAGUGUUGCUGUUGUAAACCAGCAUUCUUCAAUGUAGCGAAAACAUUUUACCCCCACAAACUGUUUUUCCUAUGGUUGGCUUGUACGUUGCUGGGUACUACAGAACAAAAAGAAAUUUCAAGAUAGAACCAAGAAACCAAGUUUUGUCCUGGUCGGUUCUAAGGAUAAUGUACGCUGAUACUAACUCUGAAAGACAUUAAUCUUUUUUUAGACUUACAUGAAAGAAAACAGGGCUCAACUGCCUGUAAUUUUUCAACAGCUGCUGGUCAGGAUGUUUGUGCACAUUGUCUACUGGAGACCACUGGUAGCCUAAUCAGUUUUUAGACUCGCUACUGCUUCAAGAAGACAUUGAACUUUAUAGGCUAAACAACAACAACAACAAAGAAAUGCCAUUGGGCUAACAGUGACAUGACUGGAGUACUAAAUACUGAAAGUACCUGCACAUGUUUAUUUUAUAAUUGACAGAAGACAUUAUGCUGUAUUGUCACAAGGAAUGAGUUGAGGCCAAAACAACAACAAAAAUCUUAGCCUUAAAAUAUUUUUGUUUUAGCUACCUGUAGUAUAUUAAGUCUUCAGCCUGUCAUAUCAUGGAGUAUUUGUAAAUUUACAUUAGUCCUAGAUGGUACAACAAUGAAAUACAUUUUUAUAAUCUGUUUGGAAAUUAUCUAAAUGUAAAAGUAAUCAAAAAUGGGGGGAUUCAAAUGAUACAAAAAACUCCUCUGUAGAUGUUUAAUGAGCAGGAAAAACCUGAUGACUUUUGAGUAGCCAUAUUUUUAAGGUGGCAUGUUUACACCAGGGUUUGAAUUUUGUGAUAACCUUUUCAAAACAAUAAGCAUGCCUCUUGAUAGGUUUUUAAUAGCAAUCAUCUUGGUGUAGCCUGUUACAGCACUUCAGAAUUUACAAAGCAGUUUCUUGUUUUCAGCUGGCUGAGUUCAUUUUCUGUAAAUUCAGACCCUGUAGGUGAUACUGAUAAUGUUGUGGAAGUUCUGGAUUCUCUGUUCUUAAUGCUAAGCCAUCUAGCAAACCAGAACUGAUGUAAUCAUAGAACAUAGUGUCUUCAGGGUCAUUAUUGGGUUAGGUUGUUUCAAUGACCUUCGAUAGCAGUUUUCAAGGUCCUUCCCUAAACUAUAAGAAUUCCAUUCAGGGGAAACUACUCUGUACAGAAGUGAUAUAUAGCAAAGAUUAUGUUCAACUGAAAAUUGCAUUGUGUUAUUAUUCAAUCCAGAUGUCUUAAACAAAAUACAGUAGUCUAGAAUCUUUGUUACAGAGUGUGUGAAGCUCAAGUUUACUGCAUCAUAUUUUUACUGAAGGAGCUUCAUGUGGCUUUUAAGAAAGCCAUUAAAGUUUGCACAGAACAUGUUAAGUGUCAAAAUGAGGGACAGGAUGUGAAGAACACAUUCUUUGCUAUUUUAGGCACUUAAACUACUGACUGGCUAUGUUUACAGUCAACAUGGUGGUUUGCAUAACUAAUCAUUUAGAAAACAAAAUAGCUUUAAAUUAAAAUAACAGUUCUGUUUUCCUCCUAAUCUUGAUUGUAUGGUGGUGACAGGCUAAGAAAUAAUUACGCUUGUUGAUUACAAGCUCAAAUUACAAAUACGCCACAUAAAGGCACCAUACAUCUGUUUUUGAGAACUGUUACAUAAUACAUAAUUGUGGUGUUCUUUUCACUGCAAAUCAUCCUUUUCUAAGUAUUCUGUAAUACAAGUAACUAUUUUAAUUUUAAUGUUAUGGUGGAUUACGAUUUGGUAGCAUUUGUAGAAUGAUUCCACAAAGCAAGUGUUAAUCUAAGUAGUAUGUCAUGUUCUGUGGUUUCUUACCUUUGAACCCAGGGGAGCACGGGCUUCACCAUGAAACCAGUGUUAUUACAGAGCAAACCACAUAGUUACAAUUCAGUAUUAAAUGCAAGAUCACAUAUAGCCAGUAACAAACACAUCGGUUUAUAUGACUGAAAAUAUUGCAUUAGUCAGCAGCUGUUCUAUAACAAUAACAAAAAAAAAAUGUUCUCUAAGAUAUGUAUUUGGGUAUUUCAUGAGAUUAUUAUGGGACUGAUUCCAUCAAGCAAGUUGCACAAAUGGUGCUUAAAGCAUUUAUUUAGCCUUCAUGAAUAAAAAUGGACUAAUAGAAAGCAAAGCAACUCAGUGUGACUAAAACUAACUGAAUUUUUUUUAACAAACUAUUAGGCUUGUAUCUGACAAGUGUGUGUCCAUGUUUGAGCCUAAGCCUGCUAUUUUUGAACUGGAGUUUAAGGAUCUCAGAAACAGUCUUUUUUUUUUUUACUGAGGUACCACCAAAUCUAGUUUGUUGACGUGAGAACAGGGUGCUGCAGUAGAUUAAGUAUUGUUUUUCUUGCAUUGUAGUCUGUAUGAUCACAAUAACCAGAAUUCAGCACUUUGAAGGUUGCCUUAGAGCACAAUGCACUCUGUGUAUUGUCUGAAACUGCUACAUCAGAGAAGCAAUACAGCUCUAAAGUACCUUCAGAUUGCAUCCAAACCAUGAGCAUGAACUUUGCAGCAGACAGUAAUUUCCACUCUUUCGAUUACCCAUGUUUUCAAGCAAUAUCACUCGGCUCUAUUAAAGUAUAUGUAUAUACACAUUUGUAAAACUUUCUGAAUUUGUAACAGAAAUAUACUUAAGUUUCUAACUGGUUAUGACUACACUAUAAGUCAUAUUUUAAUAUAAUACACAAACGUUUUCAUCUCAGAUGUCAGACUUCAGCAGCUGACAGUGGGCAUCUAGGUUGUUUUUUUCACUAGACACUAUCUCUGUCUCUAUAGCAGUUCAAUUUUUAUGCAUCUACCAUGCAAAAUAUGUCUUAACAUUGUUUUAAUAUAAAUAUAUUAAAAUCCUAUGCUUCUGACUGUGUAAAACAAACUGCCUGUCAUCCAUCUAAUAGUGUUUACAUAUUUUAACUAUUUAAAAAUGUCGGAUGCAUAUAGAAAAGUGAGGCACCCUGCAUUUCUGAUUAGUGAAAAUCCAUCUUAUGUAAACCAAGUACAGACUUUUUAUGUGUACAUGAGGAUGGAGUAUUUUGAUAAGAGGACGCAGAGGGACUCCACUGAAAUGUGAUUGCUUGUUUGUUUCUUUUUUUUGUUUGUUUGUUUGUUUGUUUAAAUAGCCAGCAACUUGUAGACUUUCCUUAAAGAAAAGGACAUUUUAUUCCUGUUUCUGCAGACUAAGUGUAAGGACAUCACUACUAGAUACUCCUGCUGUGAAGAAGGGUCAGCUUAAUUACUUUUUUUUAGAAUGACUGUAGUACUAUUACACCUUGCUUACAGAGGUAUCUGAAAUUGUACACCAUCUGAACAUUUCUAGAAAUACUUAAGGUUUUUUCAACAGAGCUGUUUUAUAGAGGAACAGCGGAAACUGUUUGGGUGGUUCAUAGUUUCUUGAUGUACAAAAGAUUUCCUCUCACUCUUGUUUGUCUCAUGGACUUAACAGACAAGUGUUUUUAUGCUUGGAUCUUCCACACAUUUAUUGAGGGUAGGCUUCUGUAUCCUGCAUAAUCAUAGACAUUACUAUGAAAUGGAAUUAAACUUAGAGAGAAAUUCUUUUUUAAUGCUGUGUCAGAAUGAGAAUACAAAGUUGGGCACAAAUGUGUCCUACACACACUAAGGUGAAGAAGAGCUUCAUUUAAUUUACUAUUUCUUAGUUAUUUGUGCAAUUAACCAUGGUGCAAAAUUAUCUGUAGAGCCAUAUUAAAAAAAAAAAAAAAAAAAAAAACCAUCAAUUGCACAACGACUAAUAUGUUUACUCAUUUCCUGUUGAGAAGCUGGGUCCUGAGUGGGUGUAACAACAGCAUGGCAACAGGAAGGAACAGUACAAUUAAAUAGGUUGCACCAUAGCAAAAUAAUUAAGAAUCUUUAAUAUUAAGUGGUAGAAUACAAUAUAUUCAUUUGGAGAAUUAUCCUUGUUCUGGCUUUCAGAAUUAUCAUUUUAUUUUUAUACUUAUGCAGACUAUCUUUUGCCUUUCAUUCAUUAAAAUCCGACAUUCUGAAAAUUUUCAUUAGACUUGUGAAGGUAAUUGCUCUUUUACCUUUGUAGCUAAAAGCACAAUGCAGAAUGUUGGUUGUAAACUGCUCUUGUCCAGAACCUUUUAAUAUAAAAUGUAAAAGUAUUUCUGAGCUACAAACCUAUAUGCAUUGAGCCUCUUCAAGGUUUACUUGGCGAUUAGAAUGUACAGAGUGCUAAAUUGUAUUAUAAUUGUGUUCUAUAAGUUGUAGAUAGUAUAUAAGUUGCCUUUAGAGUGGAGAAUAAAAUAUAUGUUCAGACAUACCUCUAUUAAGCUGGUAUCAUAAGAGAUGUAAUUAAAAAUCAUAUGCACAUCUCUAAAAAGUGACUUUUGUUGUCAAGGGAAAGAUGCUCCCACAAAAUCCUUCUAAUGACUAUUGUAAAACAGGCAAGCUAAUUUCAGCAUCAGGAUGCUUGUAAAUCUUCAUGGAGCAAAUGUAAAUUUCAAGUGUUGUAUGUACCUCGGAUCCAAAUAUCAUUAUCUGAGGGAUUUAUUAAGCACUGUCAAACAGAGGAGUUAUGAUCUCUUAUACAUGAGAUAGUCUCUGAAAUUGCAUUAUAAUCCACUUCCAAUAGAGGUUAAUAUAUAACUUCUGUUAAGCGUGGCAAAUACUUUCAUGUGAAAAUGUACAUUGAAAUGCUGCUAAAUUAAAACAAUUAGCGGCAUUUGUUAUGUCCUAAAUCGGUGGUCAGUUGUAAACAGAUACACCUUUUCUUUCGUUGAAAAUAAGUGUAGAGAGAAAUGAAAAUGAGAAUAUUUUUUUUUUGGUCGUAUGUGGUACUCCUGCUAAAGGCACUUUAUUCUAUAAGCUAAAAAUGUAGCAUCAAUGUUAUUAAGUUUUAUUAAAUACUGAUUUUCUUCAGUUUUAGUGCAUUGCUGGCUGAAUGGAUUUUUUCCUUUAAGCCUGCCUUUAUUAUGAAUUUCCAGUCCUGAAAAGGCAUGCUUUUCCAGAAACAGACACAGUUGGCUAGAGAGUUUCUAGGGGGCUCUAGUUCUGAGGGCCUCUAUUCUGCAAGUUGGUGUACAAUUCCAAAUACUGUAGCUAUACCCCUCUUUCAAUGGUAAAACAUAUUUGUUCUUUGCUUAGUGAAUUACGAAUUAAUGUGUAAGUUUUAUUAUGUUUAACCUGGAACUUUUCAAUGUUGGCUCAUGAACUGGCUGUACAAUGAUUGGAUGCUCACCAUCUUGUUUUAAUACUUCACUCUGCUCAACGCACACACACACACACACACACACACACACACACACACACACACACACACACACACACACACACACAAUACAAUGACUUGAAGUUCACACACACAGGCUAUGGUGUUAAAUGCUUCGGUGCAUUAAGUUUUUAUUCACCCAAAUCUGAUUACUACUACCUGGUUAAUACUGGCCACACUAAUGUUGUCAAGGUUAUUUUAUUUACUUAUAAAACUUCUGGAGCUCUGCUAGUUGUACAAAAAUCUGGUCGAAGUAAGUCUUCAACCUGGGUAUACUUAGAUAUAGAGGAUAUUAUUACACUUAUUUAUUUAUUUAUUUAUUUAAUAUGACAUAAAACAGUAAAUAACUGCUUUCCAUGGGUCAGUGUUAAGGCUUCAAGGAAAUGUAGUUAAAAACUAGAACUUUAGAGUAAGAAAAUGGUUAUUUAAUAUUGUAUUUGGUGACCAAGUCGGGCUGGUUCGUCAAGAAUAUGAAAUAGUUAAGUAUUUUGCUUGCUGUGAUAUAAAAUGUAAACAGGAAUUGUUAGAAUCAAACUACGUGUCUGUAAGAUGCAGCUGGUUUACAGCAUAUUAUCAUGCAGACUGCAUUAGAAUGUGCAUUAAUGACUGGUUUAACCAGAUUUAUACAUGAUGAAUGAUAAUGAAUGGAGUGCAAAGUGUUUAGAAAUGAGUAAAACUGUAAGGGACUAUUUUGCUUUCCCAACUGUGAAGCUUUAAACAACCAAGCACAGAACAACUGCCUUUGUUUAACCUGAAAUAAUAUGCUUUGAUUCUUUCUUGUGAGGCCGAUGUUAUACGAGGUGACUGCUUGUUGCUUUCACAUUGGAAAAGUGAACCUGGGGUAAAAAGCAUACUUGACUUUGAAUGCAAUACAGUUGGCAUUUGAAAAUUCAGAAGUUCCUAAACUAUAUCUGAGGCACACAGGAAGAGUAAAAUAUCAAAAUGGUUGUAAUUGCUGCAAGAUCUUAAAACUCUUGCAAAACCAUGCUACUGAGAUGAAGUGCAAUUGUUACUGAUGGAAUAUUUUAAGUCAUAAGUUACCAUAUCUGCAUCGGGAAACAUACAUUAUUUCUACCUUCUACAACAUGCUGAAAGGAAUUGUUGAUAACUAAACACUGUUUCAAAUUCAAUUAAACUCUUACUUCAGUUUGUCUCAGAUAAAUAUAUGCUUUCCUUUUCUACAUUUAGCAUUCUUCAAAACAUUUUCUAAAUGUUCGUUAUGUUUCUGCAUUGUUAGUAGAGGGAGGGAAUUGGGUUUGAUACAACUACACACUGUGUAUUCAGUAUUCCUAUCUCACUGUGUUGUAUUUCAGAUUAAUUUGUCAAUAAAAAGAGAAGCAGCCAUAAAAUGUA